AACCGGCGAGCUAGAUUGGGUUUAGCGUUAACAUUAGCGCUUCGGUAUGAUUCGACGCCGUUUUAUACUAUGGACUUGAUAAGGUCUAUGUAUAAAUCUGGGCGAUUUCCAAUGGGACGGCUCACCUCUCUGAGGAGCCAAGGAUUCUUUCGUUGCCCCUUGCUUUAGCUCCAAAGCUAGUCAUGUCGACAAUCAAGCCGUUCGACCCAUUUCGUUCAAACAGACUAGUCUAUCGCGCUGUGAACGACUCUCCUGGAGAUGAGGCAUUCGUCCAUGCAAUUCAGCGUGACGCCGAGGCGCAGUCUGGCUCUAGCUAUGGGUUGCUGCGACCGGAAAGCAUGCAAGCUAGCAAGGAGUUCAAAGAGCACCUAGGGAAGUCCUUGCUUGGCGUUAUCAUCUGCCUGCCGCCGACAAGUGAGACCGAAGUUGCCGGCGAGCCUGUUGGCAUCUUAUGUUUGAAAGCGAACCCGCCGUCUUGGGCUGCGCAUAGGUGGACUGACAUUAGCAUCGAUAUUUUGAAGCAGCACCAAGGGAAGGGAUAUGGCGGUGAAGCUAUUAGAUGGUCGCUCUGGUGGGCCUUUCAGAUGGCCGGAUUGCACCGCGUCCAAAUUCAGGCUUUUUCAUUCAAUACUGGUGCCAUGAGGCUCUACGAAAGGCUCGGGUUCAAAGAGGAAGGCCGAAUACGUGACCACAUGUGGUUUUCUGGAAGCUGGCAUGAUGGUCUCAUCUAUGGCAUUCUCGAAGACGAAUGGCGGGAAGGACAGAGACUAGCCGGGAGAGACCUCACAUCUUGUGUUUGAGAAAGCAUACACAUCAUUGUUCAUACUGAAGGGUCACUAUUAGUGAUUAUUGGUGCAGCUUGUCAGCUCUGGAAUAAUGUGCAUAGAACAAUCAACCCUGUUCUG